UCCUUGGUUUCGAACUACUGCGCCUGCGCGUUAUACAUUUACCGUCAUGGCGGCGUCGUUACCAAAAUAUGAGCUACUUUUCGGCUACUGGAAAAACUAAAAGAACGUAAAAACGGAUGAGAACAUGCACAGUGAAAAGAAAAUAACCAAGGAAGACACAUGGAGACCUGCUGACCUGAGAAGACAUAUCAAAGAGGAAGAACGUGGUGAUGGCUAUGUCCGGAGGCGAGACGACAAUGAGAGAAGGCACAGAGGUGGAGAAUCCGUAGAGAGACGUCUCAGAGACUCAGAGAAGGAGUCCAGGCGAGAGCGGGAGAAGCUCAGGGAAAAAGAGAGAAGAGAUGACGACAAAAAAGACAAAUAUGCCGAGCGGAGGAAAGAGGGUUCCCAAGACAGGAGAGGUGACAAGGAAAGGGACAGGGAGAAGAGAAGAGAAAGGGACAGACUGCUAGAUGAUCACAGGGAAAACAAGACCCAAGAUAGGGAGGAAAGGCGUGAUAGGGAGAGGGACAAGGAAAAACACAGGGAUAAGGAGAAAGAGAGGAUAAGAGACAGAGAGAGGCACAACGAGGACGACAGGGACAAAAGGAGGGAAUACAGAGACAAGGAAAGAAGGAGAGAGGAACGGUACAGAGAGCACAGGAGCGAGAGGGAAAGAAAGAGACAUGAGGAAAGCGGAGAGGAAAGGAGACAGGAGAUAGAAAAGCAGCACAGAGAGCAGAGAGAUCGACAUCGAGAGAGACAGCAACACAAGAAUGACAACGAAAACGUGACUCUUGAAGAAAUUCACGAGAGACGUGGAGACAGAAAGCAUUCAGAGCGGAAGGAGGACAGAGAGUAUAAAGAAGAACGGCAGAAACACAGAGAAGAGAGAGAAAGGAGACACAAAGAGAGGGGACAUCAUGACGAGAAACGGAAACAUGACAGCGAAUCCAGGGAGCGCUGGGACUUGAGAGGGACAGGUGAAGAAAUCAGGCAUCAUCUGGGAGACAGAGAGCGAACAGAUAAAGACAGCAAAGACAGAAGGCACAGGGACGAAGACGAGGCGGAGAGGAAACACAAAGAGAGACGACACAGAGACGAAGAAGACGCGGAGAGGAAGCACAAAGAGAGACGACGCAGAGAUGAAGAAGACGCAGAAAGAAAACACAAAGAGAGAAGAGACAAAGAUGAAGAAGAUGCGGAAAGAAAACACAAAGAGAGAAGACACAGAGAUGAAGAAGACGCAGAAAGAAAUCAUAGAGACAGAACCACUUCCAAGAAAGGUCAUGGACCUGAGAGUAAUAUGGUGGAAAACGAGGUUGCUAAUGAUGAAGAUUUGGCUGAACAGGAAUAUGAAGAUGACUUUGAGAAACUGGAUUACGAAGAGGAUUUUGAGGAUGUUAGCGAAAGCGAAGGCGAGGACGAGAGGGAGACGGCGCACCAGGAGGCGGGAGAGAAGAGGGAGGAGCUCACAGCCCAGCGGAGAAAGGAGAUCGAGGCGAUUCAGAGAGCCAUGGAUGAAGAGAACCAGAGAGCUGGAACGGCUCAGUCCGGACAAAGCACGAGCAGAGAGGAAGAAGACAGGCCUAAAGGGUCUAAAGACUCUGAAAAGAACCAGAGUAGAACCUCCUCUCAACGUGGAAAGUUUAUCAACUUUGUGGCGGCAAAGCAGCGUGAAGUCAGCAAGAAAGUUGCCACAAAACAGAAGAAGAGAAGCGCGGAUCUUCUUCGUUUGAUUGACCUGGACUUCUCCGUGACUCACUCGCUUCUGGAUCUGCCUCCCGUCAAUGAAUACGACAUGUACAUCAGAAACUUUGGAACCGCAAACACCAAACAAGCUUACGUCCAGUGUAAUGAGGACAAUGUGGAGCGGGACGUCCAGACAGAGGAAAUAGAGCUAUGUGAGAAGUGGACGCAGCAUCCACCCGAGCACACUGGAGCGUGUGGGGAUCCAAACGUCUCCCAGGAAGAUAAAACCACGAGCGAAAUUAACUUUGAUUCACAGCGCCUCAUAUCAUUUCUACACUCGGCCUCGCAGGUGAUGGUGGUCCUGCUGGAAGAGGAUCAAGCCGAGAGAAAAUCCCUGAAGAAUCUGAAGACUCAGACGGACACGCUGUCUUUCAGCGAUGGAAGUUUACAGCUCAACACUAAGUUGCCUUUUCUUAUAGGUCGUCAGGUGAGUCUGCUGCACUUCUCUCAGGUCCAGCGUCACACCAUGCUGUCAGUCCACACGCCCACGACUGAGCCCAGCUCCGUGCGCCUUGACAGCUGCACCAUCAUCUGCAUCUGGAACAUCUGGGAGCCGUCCCAACCUCAGAGGAUCCUGGUCUAUGAAUCUGAGGUGCAGUGUUGCUGUUUCAGCCCUGGAAAGGCGGUGCUGGUGUUUGCAGGCACUUCGGUCGGCUCUGUGGUGCUGUGGGACCUGAGGGAGCGCGCCAGUAACCAUUUCCGUCUAAAGAUAGGAGAGGAUGAGUGGAUCUUCAGACAUCCUACUUUCUCCACUGACGCAGUGAUGGUCGGCUCAGGCCAUUUCUCACCUGUCACGUCUGUGGAAGUCGUGCCCUCCACUGCAGCAGAGGGCCUGAGGUCAGAGGUCCCACUGCUGGCAUCUGAGGAAGAGUCAUCAGGUUUGUCGUUCCAGCUGGCGUCUCUGGAUGAGAGCGGGGUUUUGAAUUUCUGGGUGGUGGUAGAGCUCCCCAAAGGCAACGAGGCAGGGUCUGCAACAGAUUUAGGGCUCCGGCCUGGGGGCAAAGUAAAGCUGCUCCACAGCUCUUCCCUCCUCACUGCUGAGAGGGUAUCACCACGAGAUGCCGUGAAACGGGAGCCGUUACAGACGCUGCUUUUAAAAUUCCUUCCAACUGACUCCAAUCAUUUCUUUAUCGGCACCAAUAUGGGUCUGGUCAACCACGGAACGAGUCACGGUUUAAAGGCUCCGCCGAAGUUUUACAGGUUUCAGGAGGUUGGACUUCGACCUGUGGAUGUCAGCUCCAUCCACUUUUCUCCAUUCAGACAACACCUGUUUUUGGUUGGCUGUGGGAAUGGCACCAUCAGGCUGCAUGCAGUCAGCCAUGAGCAGCCUGUGGCAGAGUGGAAGGAUGGUACGGCUGGAGAAGCUGUGAUCUCACUACAGUGGACGCAAACCAGGCCGACAGUCUUCUGUGUGCUCGAUGCUGCCUCUAACCUCCACAUAUGGGACCUGCUGAAAGACGACACCCAGCCGGUGGUGACUGAGAGGAUGGAUGCCGAUAGGGUGACAGCUAUGGCCGUGUUUGGAGACUCAGGACAACAAAACACAUACUCAGGAAUAGCACUGGCGCAUCAGUCAGAAAAAAUAGAAAUGCACUAUUUCACAAGAAACUUCACCGUGUGCAGCCAUGCAGAAGAGGAGAAGUUGGAGAGUAUGACGACGGAAGCUUUUUGACACACCACAUCUCGUAUGACUGCAUUUACGCUGAUGAUGACCCGUCCAUGUUUGUGUUACUUCAAAACAGUUACUGCAUAUAUAAACUCUGAGAGAGAAUAUACACAUCGUUACAUAAAUAUGUUUUUGUCACUUUGUAUACCUUAAGUUGAUGGCUGAAAGCUAACAUAGUUAUCAGAAGAAUGUCACUAGAUACCAAAGAUCCACACAGGGAUCAGUUUAUAAGAGACAUAUGUACGUAAGUUUGUUGAUGUAAAUAUUUAUACUUUUGACUAUAUUGAAUAUUUGUAUGGUGUUAACAAGUUUAAUUUUGUACAUUAAACUAGAGAGUAUUCCCA